UCCUUGACGGGAGAGAGAAGAGACGAGAGAGCAAGUAAGCAAGUCCCAUGUGGCUUUCUCGUCCUCUGUCUGUCUGUCUCUGUCUUCCUCCCUCCCUGCCCCUUCCUCCUCGCCCCCCUUCUCUCCCCCUGCCCCUCUCUCUCGUCUCUCUUCAGGGUUCUGACUCUCCUCCUCCUCCUCCUCCUCGCUCCCCCUUUCUGGAUCUCGCGCCAUUGUGAGGGUUAUCGCCUCAUCCAGCGUGUUCGUUGGAGCAAGAGUCCAAGCCAUUUUGUGAGGUUUAAAUAGAAGAAUUAGUGGGCAAGCAACGACCCUGGAAAGAUUUGACAACUGGCUCGAGAGGCAACAUAGAGAUAGGAAGUGUAUUUGUGUCAUUGGGACGUAAUUGUUGGCAUGGGUGACAAAGGGCUUCUCGACGGCAUGGAUUUGCUGCAACUUGGAAGAACAGACGCAAUUCUGGAUGUGGCUACAAAUGAUAGUACUCUUUCUGAUGUUCACAUGGGCGAGGCUUUGGAACCGAAGAACAUGAAGGAAGAGUCAAGCGAGUGGAGAACUGAGAAAGCCAUGCUCGCGGAGGAUGACUCCCAGAAAUUUCAGGCAGAUGAAAGGAUGCUCACCGACUUGCCAUACGCCUGUAUAAGUGUUAUUGUAUCGAAUCUGGGUCCUAAAGAUGUUGCUAGAGCUGCGUGCGUUUGUAAGGUGUUUCGAGAUACGUUUGACUCUGAUUCAGUUUGGGAACAACUUGUACCCAAGUCGUCCCUGAAGGUGUUAGGACUGAGUAAUGAUCGUAUACCUGCAACUAAGAAGGAGAUGUUCUCGGUUCUGAGGCCAUACUUGCUGAGUGACACUCUGGCUUAUUGGCUGGACAAAGACACAGGAGGAGCAUGUUACAGUUUAGCAGCACGAGGCCUUGGAAUUGUCUGGGGUGAAGAUGAAAAGUAUUGGAACUGGACUCAGCAAUCAGGUGCAAGAUGGCCAGAGGUGGCACGCUUGAAAGAGGUGUGCUUUUUCCACGCUUCUGGAACUAUGAAGUGUAUUCUUCCUCCAGGAGCAUAUACUUUGUCAUGGCGCAUCCUCUAUAGAGCUUAUAGUCGAACUCUCGAUGGUUGGCAACAGCUGCCCGUAGAAUUCCGUAUGUCAACGACUGACGGAUCUCAGUCAUCAAUCAGCCACCGCUACUUGAACAAUCGAUCUCAAAGUAACAUCGAUGACGUUACCCCUGUUCGGCUGGUUGACGACGGAUGGUUGGAGUUUGACGUAGGUGAAGUAACAAUUAAAGACGAGGGAAAGGAAACCUCAUUGGAGUUUUCAAUGGUAGAAAUCGAUAGUGGAACAUGGAAGACGGGAGUAUUUCUAGAUGGUGUUGUGCUGCGGCCUACUUCUCUGGCAAGGACCAUUGGACGUUAUUUGAAUGAGGAAGAUCGUAGUGAGAGCUGGAAUCAAAAUAUGCCGCCUUUAAUUUACCGCCCUUCUAAUCCACCCCCAAGGCGGGGUCCCAUUGGGCGAGUAAUUCCCAUAAGAAGAGGGGAAAUGAGACCCUCUCAGACCAAUCUACCACGGUCUGAUGGUGGUGAGAGUUAAAUGCGGCACUGUUCAAACAUAACUUUACUGUCUAAGUGAUAUAAUAUUGUAGAAUGACCCAUCUUUUCGGUUGUACAGAUUGGAGGACAAAGACUGCGGAUUUUGUACUUGUGUGCUAUAGAAAUUUUUGCUUUUUUCCCGCUGCACUCCACAGCUUAGGUCAUUCACGAAUAAUUGAGAAUGUGGUUAAUAUGGUUAAUAAAACUUUACCUCGUCAAUCGCC